AAAUGUGGCCAUAAAAAUUCUCAGUAUUUUCACCCAAGCUUGACUCAAGCUUGGCCCCGACAUUGGGAGACUUGGACAAAACUUUCACCAAACAUUGGGCCCUGCUUGAUGAAAACAAAACACAAUCGUCCUUCAUAUGUUUACAUUUAUAUUUACCGCAAUUACUUCUUAACCACAAAAAGUUUGGCGUGUGACAUAAUUGUGGAUUAUUCUGCGGCAUUUUUUGGAUUUUUGUGCAUUAUAUCGCGACAUAUAUGCUCAGCUUUUGGGAGUGCUUCGAUAUAUCAUCACGUAAUUCACGUAAAGCAGAAUCAUCUUUGGUAAGAGCAAAAAUAUUUACAAAAUGUCGGACAGCGAUAACUUGGGGUCUGCGAAGAAUCAACGAAGAUUUGUUGCAGCCUGGUUGAACGACUUCCCCUGCAUUGAAGAGCUUCCCAACGAUAAUACGAAGUUUUUGUGCACCAUUUGCAAGCAAAAAUAUAAAGUGGUUAAUAAGCAAAGAUUGCGAGCUCAUGUAGAAUCCAAAAGGCAUCAAAAGAUGCAAAAUAAUGAGUUCAAACGUAGUGAAAAGGAAGAUGCGAUCCACAAAUUUUUACCAAAAUGGCUAGAGGACAUUCGCUUCAAAUCUUGGUUGCAAAUGGUACCCAAAGAUGAGAAUAAGUUUCAUUGCACCUUAUGUAAUGUUGAUAGGAUGUGUACGGGUGGUGUCGGUAACCUUAUUCGUCAUGCAGAUGCACCGGAACAUGUCAAGAAUAGUAUUGAAAGUGGCAUCGAAACUUUACAGGAUAUACCAGCCGAAGAUAUUCAUGAUUCAAUUCAAUCUUUCGAAGAUCGAAAGAAAACUCGCGAAAUUCAAUUUGCAAAUUUAGGGCGCGCUGCAAAUAUUCCGUACAGUACGAUGACAAAAAUUUUAACAUUUUUCCAAGAAACCGAUCCAACCAUCCUUCAACAUAUGACUGCAGGUGCAACGAAAAUUUCUAAUAUUGUUCGCAAUGUACUUGGUCCUGUUUAAGAAUGACGUUUAGUUGAAUUUCUUAGAAAAACCAAAUUCUCCGUUAUGUCGACGAGACAACUGAUCCAAAUGGAUCCGUGAAUUGGAUGACAUGUCUUACUUAGUUUUUCGAUUGUGAAACUCUAUGUUACGACGGGAUUAGCUAAAUUAAUCAAUCUCGAUUCAACAAAUUUAAUUGCAGAGAGUAUCUUUAAAGUUUUUAGAAAUUACAUGAACGAUAAUAAAAUUUGUGUAGUACAAAAUUACUUUUCUUUUCUACAUCCUGAUGUUGAUUUACAAUGUAGGUUUAUACUUAGUAUGAUUAUGUUCUAAGAAAAUCCCAAAAAUUACUUGACAAAUAAUGCCACAAAGAAUUAGAAGAUUAGGAUAUAUUUUUUCUGACAUUUUGUAGAUGAAAUUAGGCACUUUAGAUGAUGAAAU